AUGGGUGCGCCUAAGCAAAAGUGGACUGCAGAGGAAGAAGCGGCUCUUAAAGCUGGAGGCCUUAAGCAUGGCCCUGGAAAGUGGCGUACAAUUCUUAAAGACCCAGAAUUCAGUGGCGUUUUGUGUUCAAGAUCCAAUGUUGAUCUCAAGGAUAAGUGGAGAAACAUGAGUGUGAUGGCGAAUGGAUGGGGAUCUCGUGAGAGGGCUAGAUUAGCACUCAAGAGGAUGCAUCAGGCACCAAAACACGGUGAGAGUGUAUCUCAAAGCGAUGAGGAAAUUGAUGAUUCUACAUCACCAGUCAAUGGCCCAAAAAGAUCUAUUAUGAGGUUGGACAAUCUUAUUAUAGAAGCUUUAAACAACUUAAGGGAACCUGGUGGUUCUAACAAGACCACUAUAGCUACCUACAUAGAGGACCAAUACUGGGCACCUCCAAACUUUAAAAGGAUAUUAUCUGCUAAACUGAAGCAUUUGGCUGCAAACGGGAAACUUAUUAAGAUGAAACGGAAAUAUAGAAUAGCUCCAACUGCUUCAUUAUCUGAGAGAAGAAGGAACCCUUCUAUUUCUAUAGCUGGCAGAAGGCAGGGGAUUUCUCUGAGAACUGACUAUGAUGAUGUCAGUGAUCUCACAAAAUCUCAGAUCGAUUUAGAGUUAGCCAAGAUGAGGAGCAUGACUCCAGAAGAAGCUGCUGCUGCUGCUGCUCAAGCAGUUGCUGAAGCAGAAGCUGCAAUGGCUGAAGCUGAAGAGGCAGCGCGAGAGGCAGAGGCAGCAGAGGCUGAUGCUGAAGCAGCACAGGCUUUUGCGGAUGCAGCAUCCAAGACACUAAAAGGAAGAAGCACUCCAAGUUUGAAUAUGCAAAUGAUUCAUGCGUGA